AUGCCUCUCGAAUAUAUUUACGUGGCUCGCCAUGGUUUUCGCUCAAACUGGGUGGUCAACCCCAAGACGGGUGAUUACACAGCGUUUGUACCCUCUCCGACGGGCAUCCCGGCCGAUCCGGCCUUGACAUCGCAUGGCGUUGACCAGUCUCGCGAGCUGGGCGCCCAUCUGGCCAGCAGUGCCAUGCCCGUGCCCGCUGAGCGCAUUUACAGCAGUCCGUACUACCGCUGUCUGCAGACGAUCCAGCCGUUUGUCGAGAUUGUUGCGGGGAAGCCUACACCCACCUACUAUGGACACGGUCAUGGCCAAGGCCCAUUGCCACCUCCCCCGCGAUGGGCUGUCCGCUGCGACUCAGGCCUCGUCGACUGGUUUGGCCCGGCGCCCUUUGACCAGCCGCAGCCCGCACCGCUUAAGGAGCUGCACGACGACUUCUUUCCCUGGAUCGAUCUGGGCUACGAGUCGCGCGGGCAGGGUUCGGGCGUGGUCCCGCUCCGGAACGGCGAGUCCAUGGCACAGCUGCACGCGCGCGUAGCGGCGACCCUGGGCCACAUUGUGCGGCAGUGCGACGCCGAGGGCGUGCGCGCGAUUGUCGUCUGUUCGCACGCGGCGACGAUUAUUGCGAUGGGCCGUGUGCUGACGGGACAGGUGCCGGACGACGUCGAGACGGAAGACUUUGGCGCAUUUACGUGCGGGCUGAGUGUGUUUCGGCGGAGGACCUUGCAGUCGCAGUCUGAGCAGCAGCAACAGAAACAAAAACAGCAACGGCAACAGCCGCAGCAACAGCAACAGCUGCCAGGACAACAGCAUCGCCAAUACCCACAUCCUCAGCACCGGAAUGUAUCGUCGCUGCAAUCACUACAGUCACGACAUCCGCUACCACCGCCAUCACCAUCGACACUGCGCGGCCACGUGCCACCAUGGGACGAUCAGUUUCAUACGCUGGCAGGCGAGGCAUGGAUAGGCGGCCAGGGCGUUGGCGGCGGCUGGGACUGCGUUGUGAACUGCGACUGUAGCUUCCUCAGCGAGGGCGAGGAACGCGGAUGGUGGGUCGCCCCUUUCCCUAGUCCUUCUGUCUUGCCUAUGUUGUUCUUGCGGUUCUUCAUUCGUUCGGGCGCCGUUUCUGUCUUGCCCUUCUUUUUGGCGUGUCUGUCUCUGCCUCUGUUUCUGCCUUUUGUUCGUGCUCUGCUGGUUUAUCAACUGUAG